AUGGCAACUGGAAUAUCAUCACGACAAAUAAUACUUCGAAUAGUUCGUAAAUCCGAUGGUAAAACAAUGACAAUGAAUAUACCUGAACAUGAUAAUCGUAAAGUAAAAUAUAUUAAAUCUCAAUUGACACAUUUAUUUCAUCCACAUGGCAAAUUUCGUUUGUAUUAUAAAGGUCGACAUAUUAAAUCUCGACAUAGAUUAAGUUAUUAUGGUAUAACAAGUCAGCAAUCAAAUAUUGAAAUUAUUUUGGUUUAA